AUGGCUGCGAGUCAAAAAUCCAGCAGAUGGGACGCUGGCGAUCAUCACAACGCGGAGAGGCUGCCCCAGCCUAAAGUCUGUCCGACUCAGAGGCUUGAAAUAACUUCAUGUGCUUUCUACUUGGCUAGAAAUGGUUGGCCGUUCGGCAUGUGCCGGCCACGCCAGAGGCACACCAAAAUGAUAAACCACCAGUGGGCUGGUUUGGGGAACCCUGCACCCGCCCGUGACAUCUCCUCAACGCCCCCACCACCACAAAAGAGCACAUAA